AUGACAUCAGAAGGUCAGCUCGCGUACUUCGGCCUUAUGGUGGCCGUUGGGUUCUCCUAUUUUCUAGCGGUGGUCACUUCGCCAGGAAAACCACCAAAGGACUAUAAACCACAGAAAAACCAAUGGAAGGUUUGGUGCAACAAGUGCAAUCUUUACAAACCUCCUAGAACCCAUCACUGCAAACAGUGUCAGACGUGUGUUUUGGCAAUGGACCACCACUGUCCGUGGACAAACAACUGUGUUGGUCAUGGGAACAUGCCCCAUUUCAUGAGAUUCUUGUUUUGGGUCCUUGGAGGAACGGGAUACACGUUUUACUUGCUUUCACUUAGAGCCCUCGAGUUCUACGAGGACCGCGAUCUCCCAGCGUACCUUGUGGACCGUUCCGAGCUUGCCGCGGUUAUCAUUCUUCUUUUGGUCGAUGGCUUCGUCUUCUUUGCCAUUUCCAUUUUGGCUCUUCGGUGUGUUUUCCAUAUCGCCAGCGGAAAGACCCAGAUUGAGGUAUGGGAGAUGGAGCGGAUCGAGGCCCAGUUCCAUACCGAGCGUCUCUGGUACCAGAUCAGGAAGAAUUACAAGGAAGUUCACGGCGAGGAGCUUCCCGAACUCACUUCAUGGAACAUCAGUGCACGUUACUACGACGGCGAUCCUUUGGAGGUUGACGAGGACGUUCCAUUGAGAGAGCUCGGGCAGGAGGCCGAGGAGGCCGAAGCGUCGCUUAUUCCCGAGGCCUUCACUCCCGACGACGUUAUCUUCCCUUACGAUCUUGGCUUUUUCAAAAACUUUGUCAACGCAUUGGGCUACCCAUGGAGUUUCAUUCUCUUCUGGGGCCUGCCUCGAGGAAACGGCUACGAAUUUGAGUGCAAUGACGACGACGACCAAUUGAAUCUUCCUUGGCCUCCAGAUGGAGGUUCUACAGACUUUGUGGCUAGGGAAUACACCGAUGACGAAUUGCGUGAGUUGGGUAACCCAACACUUAUCAAGAAGCAUUUGGACCCUCGCAGCCGCAUGCCUCGGAGCGAGUGGACCAACGACAUGGGCGAGACGCUUCAGGACUUCGGUGUGGACGUUGACGGAGAGGACGAUUUACAAUUGGAGAAGGGCUCAAUUGGAGACUGUGAAGAAGAAAGCGAAGCGGGAAACACCAUCAAUGCGGCCGAAGUGGGACGCACGUAA